AUGAGUGCUCAGCUCACGCAAAUCUCCUUCGGUGCCCAGCCACGAGACUACGCGCCGGCGGGCCAAAGGUUCAACCCUGGCGACUAUCACCAACAGGAGGCCGAUCUCCGUGAGGCCUUGCUCAGGCUGUGUCCCGAGAACCUGUGGCAUGAUGGCUCAUACUCCGCCGGCUGUCCCCGGCCCAUCCUGGUGGGCGAAUACCAUCAGAGGCAGAUGGAAGACCUGCACGAGGCUUUGACCACUGCCAUCAUCGACAUCGUCCAGCGCUGGUGGACUGACGACGAUGCCCGGUUCUGGGAGCGGAUGCCCCUGGAAGCAGAGGAGGAAGAUCUAUUGAAGUGGAUAGAGAAGCAGGUCUCAGCUGGCAACAUGCCGGCUUUCUCCAAAUGCUUAGGGUCGUGGCGACCCGACUUCCUAGUGGAGAAGGAUGAGCACCAGGAGGAGAACUACCGAAUCACAGAGAUCAACGCCCGCUUCUCCUUCAACGGCUUCAUGCACGAGGCUUACGGUCAAGAAGUGCUCAACAAGUCCGUUGAGGGGGAGGCAAGCGUGCUGGUCGGUGCCACAGAUCCAAAUCAGAUUCUGGAGGGCCUGUUCAGCCUGUUCCAACCGAACCGGCCCCUCCACCUCCUCAAGGGCGCGGAGCACGGCAUCGACAUCCACAUGUUUAUCGACGCGGUCUGGCGUCGCUUCGGCAUCAAGCCCCGCUUGAUCACACCGGCUGAUCUGAGGAUGCUCCCCGACCGCGGCGAGAAGGGCGGACGCCGCCUCUGCUGUGUCACCAAAGACCCCAGCUCGCCCCCCAGCCCGUGGUCCUUCACGGCGGACAAUGGCGAGAUCUGGGAGGAGAUCUACCAGAUCGGUCUGGAGCUGCACCAGCGGGAGCUGGCGGCCCUGGAGACCGAGACACUGCGCGAGAUCAGCCUGCGCUGCUUCAACGACAUGCGCACGAUUCUACUGGUCCACGACAAGCGGAUGCUUGGCAUCGUGAAGCAGGAGCUGCCUCGCCUGGUGGCCUCCGGGGCCCUGACGCCGGCGCAGGCGUCGGCCCUGGACAGGGGCGUCGUGGACACGAUCCUCCCGGGCUCGUGCGAGCUGGACCAUCUCAUUUCGGCGUCGGUUGCGUCGCCUCGGCUGAGACACAGCUACAUUCUGAAGCCCAUCCGCAGCGGGAAGGGAGACGGCAUCAUUUUUGGCGACGACCUUGGGCCGGGUGAUUGGGUGUCGGCCUUGCGCAAGCUAGUGUCGCCGAAGGUGGUGCCAGGGAUCACUUGCGUCGUGCAGAGACGCAUUACCCCGCGGGAGUACGACCUCGUCCUCAAGGGUUCAGUCGGCAAGGUCCGGUAUCCGCUCGUCGGCACGUACCAUGUCGCAAACGGGAAGCUUCUGGGGCUCGGGACGUGGCGUGCGAGCGGGGGACGGAUCGUUGCCGUUUCCUCUGGGGGUUCUUGGAUCUGCUCGGUGAUGAGGCGGGGUUGA